AUAUGACUAGGCUAGUUUAUAUUUAAAAAUGACGCGAGCGGGUCACACAUCACAUUAAUUCGGACAUGUGGAACAGGUGUUUGAAGCCAGAAUCUUGCCUCAGAAGAUUACACAAUUUUGAAAAACUUGACCUUUGUUUGACCGAUGAUGACCAAUGAUUGUUCAGAAGGAAAUGUGUGAGGAACAUAUACAUUUGUAACGGCUCUGAAGUAGUGUUGACAGCGCAGUUGUCUUGUAUUACUUGAGGAAACGCCACUGAAUGAAGUGUUAAUUGCUGGACUGAUCCUGUUAGCAAGGCAGCUUCCUUUCACCCACACAAAAUGGUGUCCCACGUGAGGUUAGAGAAGGAACAGAAGUAUCGCCAACAGGUCUGUCUGUCCUGUGUAACAGGGCUCUAUGGUUGCCGUUGGAAACGCUACAGAAGGUCCACAGAACCUACAAAUUUGUAUGAGAAGAUAUGGCUAGGAGUAGUCGUGACAUCAUUUAUCUUCAUGCUAAUAUGGCUCUAUUUCUGGCUUAUAGCACAGAAUGAUUCUGACGACCUCAACUGGUUUAUCUGGGAGGAUUUGAGUGUUUGGUUUGAUUGGUUUACUCUGCUAUUUGCAUGGUGUAUCAUCGCUCUACUAUAUCUAUCUGUCUUAUUGCUUUUGGCUAUCAGCCAUUGUUUUAUAGGACAGCAGCUGUACCUGCACUGGUUUCACAAGGCACUACAAGUCUUGAUCCUCUUGGGAUGUAUCAUCACAGCAGCCAUGAUGAGUAAGCUCUGGGGGUCCGAGUUCCACCUCCUAGCCAUCUCUUUACAGGUCACAUCACCAAUUCUUCAAAUUGUUUUAGUUGUUGUUCUAACAACAUUAACAUGGCCAUUUGCUGGGCUCUGGUACAGAACAGACAAUUCAGUGGUGAAAGCACUGCUGCUCAUCUCCUACUCCGCCAUCAUGGUCUUCUUUUAUCUUAUUCCACUCUUCAUGGAUGUUCCAUGCGUCGCAGAGAAGAUAGAGUUACCCCCCAAACCAAAGAUGUUUGGGCACAGAGGAGCAGAAGAGAUAGCACCAGAGAACACUAUGAUAUCAUUUGAAACAGCAGUAAAUAACAGCAUUUAUGGAUUGGAGUCUGAUAUCAGAAUAAGUUGGGAUGGUGUUCCGUUUUUAAUGCAUGAUGAUACGCUGGAGAGAACAACGAACGUUGCAGCAGUGUUCCCCAACAGAACGGAAGCAAGAGCAGAGACAUUCACUUGGGAUGAACUAAAGCAGCUAGAUGCUGGUUCCUGGUUUCUUCAGAAAGACCCCUUUCAUACUGGUAUGUCAAUUCCAAGAUCAACGCGAGAGCAGUUUGAUGAUCAGCGCAUCUUGAGUCUCACUGAUUUGAUGGAAAUCGCUAAGAAGUAUAACAAGACAGUGAUUUUUGAUAUGUUUGGACCUCCUCAUAAUCAUCCUUAUGGUAAUAUAAGUGAAAUCGUUGUGGAUACCAUACUCCAAUCUGGCAUCAGACAGAAUCAGAUCUUUUGGUUAGGUGGAAAUAAAUAUGUGCGGCAGAAGGCACCUGGCUUUGUGCAAACCGUAGAGGGCAGGGGGGACAUUUCUGACCUACUGGAAGAAAAUAUCACCCAGGUCAACGCCGAGUAUUCCGAAGUAGCAGACACAGAGAUACAUGAGUAUUCCCAAGCUAACAUCUCAACAAAUGUAUACAUCAUCAACGAGGUAUGGCUCUACUCUCUCUACUGGUGUGUUGGGGCAACAUCCAUUACCACUAGCGCCUGCCACAUACUCAAGAAUGUAGAAACACCCAUCUGGCAUAUGACAAAGACAACAUAUCUGAUAGCCUGGGUGUUAGUGGAUGCUGUAUCAGUCAUCUGCGUUGGAUUAAUCUUCCUCUUACAAAGAGUGAGGCACCCAAACCACAUCACCAACCCUGAAGCAAUCUCCCUCAAUUCACCCCGUCAGAAGACCUUCCCCCAUCAUCACCACCGGAAGAGUGACAGGGAAGUACUCUACCAGUCCAAUGAGGACACGUCUGCUGUCACACCCACUGCUGAUAUAGAUGGCACAAUUGGAAAUAUGGCCAUUGUCAUGGAGGACCCAGUUGCCAACAUUGCACCCCAGGAUCAUGAUGAGGUACAGAUGCAAUUUGAUUGAACCACAAUUAACUUGGAAUAAACUGCUUUGAGCCAGAAUAAACCACUUUGAGCAAGAAGUGGAAGAGGAUGGUACUAAUUGUUAAUGCUCUUUUUUUGAGGUAGCAUUGACUCGUGCAAAGAAUGAUUUGCAAGUUCAAGAGGAAUGAACAAGAAUAGAUCAGUAUAAACUACUUUGACCCAGAAAAUUGUUGAUGGUGCACAUUCAAUGCUCCAAUAAUGAAAGAAAAUGAAAGAAAAUGCAAAUUAUUUCACAGGAAUUUAAAAGUUGAAUCUAAUCACUGUUGUCCUCGGGCAUUAAUUUAUAUUUGAUGUUUUGUCUUAAAUUGUAUGUCUACAUUCUGAGAAUGAGGGUGUGUACAGCCAGAAUAAACCAGAUUAAAUUGCAGACUAGCCAACCGUUCCGUUUCUAAUGGAACCGCUCCGUUUGUGAAGUUUUUAGAACCAUGAAAAACGUGACGUUCCGAUUUGGGGGAAUACUUUUUUUAAUUUUUAAAUUUUUUUUAUUAGGUAGUAUAAAUACCAAUUGACUUUCCAUAGCAUCGAUUUGAUGAGUGCUGGAAGGAUUGCAUUGCGCAAGAUGCUUGCAACGUGUUUGCUGCGUACCACGCUGAUCUCUAUUUGCAGCGUGUAAUAAUGAGCACGCUUGUGUGCGUAGAGUGCCCAUAGAGUGCCAUGCACAAUUCCUCGGUCAUACGCACUGCACAGCGUGCAAACG